AUGCUCUCAGGAGCGAACACUGGGGGAGCAGGAGCUAAGCAAUUAAACGUAGUUACCCCUGGAAAAUCAAUUUACUGCUUGAACCUUAAUUAUUCAGAUUUUAUUGAAUUAAAUUGUACCGAUUCUUACAAAUUAUGCUCGUUUCUCGUAGAUUCACAAGCAGACAUCUCUUUAAUCAAGAUUUCCAGUUUAGCAAGAAAUUCAGCAAUUAACAGUAGCAAUACCAUAAACAUCACUGGUGUAACAACUGAAACGGUUACAACAUUGGGAACUAUGACAGUUUUAAUAUACCUUCUGACGGCAUACUAGGCAAGGACUUUUUAAAGACGAACAGAUGUAUUAUUAACUACGCAAAUGACAGUAUAACUAUCGGCAUCGGGACAGAAAGCACUAAAAUAGCAAUUUUACACGGUUCAAAUACCGACACCUUAGUCAUCCCUCCAAGAUGUGAAGUUUUUCGUUUAUUUAAAUUGACUAAUUCCAAAAACCCUGUUUUCGUAGACUCUCACGAGCUUUGCUCUGGUGUUUUUACAUCAAAAUGUGUCGUUGACACAACAAAUCCGAUUUUAAAAGUAAUAAAUACUACGGACGAGGUAAAAUACGUUCGUAACUAUAACAUCAAAGCUGAGGAUAUAAGUAACUAUAAUGUCUACAAAAUAAACGAAACUUCCCAAGAGACAAAACGUUUAGAGGAACUAAAGUCAAUUUUACAAAAACAAAUGCCAAAAUAUGCUAAAAACAAAUUGCUUGAAUUAUGUUUACAAUACGCCGAUGUAUUUGCCUUAAAAACAGACCGUAUGACACUCAACAACUUUUACGAACAGAAACUUCGACUGAAUGACAAGACUCCCGUUUAUAUCAAAAACUAUCGAUUGCCGUACUCACAACGCGAAGAAAUAAAUAGACAAGUCGAUACUUUACUGCGAAAUGACUUAAUCGAACCAAGCUCCUCUAAUUAUAACAGUCCAUUAAUUUUAGUACCAAAAAAAGAUCCAUCCGGCCAAAAAUCGUACCGCAUGUGCGUUGACUUUAGGGCGGUUAAUAAAAAGCUUAUCGCUGACAAAUUUCCACUAGCACGUGUGGACGACAUAUUAGACAACCUUGGUCGAGCAAAAUACUUUUCGACUUUAGAUCUGUUUUCUGGUUUCCAUCAAAUUCCAUUGCAUAAAAACUCGCGAGAUAUAACAUCUUUCA